CGGCGCCGCGGUAGCUGGCCCCGGGUUGUGGCGUCCGAGGAGCCGCGACGGUUUCUGUCCUCGGGCCGUGGGGGCGGCAACGCUUGACUGACCCCUGCGGCGGCCCGUCGCCCCGCGUUAGGCACCGGUUCAGGGCUCGGCUGUUGCUGUCGCGGUGGGUUCGGGGGAGUGCCGGUGACCUCGCUGCAGGUGUCCUGCGCCGGACGCUCUCGCCGGAGGAGAAGGAGGAGGAGGAGGAGGGCAACCGGCCUACCGGGUCUCCUGGACCUGCGGAGUCCAUGGGCUUCUGAGGGCUCUGGAGGAGCUAUACCUCUGAGGGGACUGUGGGAGUUCCAGUCUUCGACAGUGUGAGGGGCAGCCUAGUACCCCUGAGGGCGCAAAGAAGACCGCAGGGACUUUGCUUCCUCUUCCUGAGGCCUUGCUUCCCUGCGUUGAUUAUCCCCUCAUUCUUUCUCCCUUCCUCUCAAUGUUCUCUCCGUAUAUCUGGAAAUAUGAUCAGCGCCCCUGACGUGGUGGCCUUCACCAAAGAGGAGGAGUACGAGGAGGAGCCUUACAAUGAGCCCGCCUUGCCCGAGGAGUACUCGGUGCCGCUCUUCCCCUUCGCCAGCCAGGGAACCAACCCAUGGUCCAAACUGUCCGGGGCCAAGUUCUCUCGGGACUUCAUCCUUAUUUCCGAGUUCUCCGAGCAGGUGGGACCCCAACCCUUGCUGACCAUCCCCAAUGACACCAAAGUUUUUGGUACUUUCGAUCUCAAUUACUUCUCCUUGCGGAUCAUGUCUGUGGAUUACCAGGCCUCCUUUGUGGGCCAUCCCCCUGGUUCUGCCUACCCCAAGCUGAACUUUGUGGAGGACUCCAAGGUGGUCCUGGGAGACUCCAAGGAGGGAGCCUUUGCGUAUGUGCACCACCUUACCCUGUACGACCUGGAGGCCCGGGGCUUUGUGAGGCCCUUUUGCAUGGCUUAUAUCUCAGCGGACCAGCACAAAAUCAUGCAGCAGUUUCAGGAGCUCUCAGCUGAAUUUUCCAAAGCUUCCGAGUGCCUGAAGACAGGCAACAGGAAAGCAUUUGCGGGAGAACUUGAAAAAAAACUGAAAGACUUGGAUUACACCAGGACAGUGCUGCACACGGAAACGGAGAUCCAGAAGAAGGCCAAUGACAAAGGCUUUUACUCAUCUCAGGCAAUUGAGAAAGCCAAUGAAUUGGCUAGUGUAGAGAAGUCCAUCAUUGAACAUCAAGACCUGCUGAAGCAGAUCCGCUCGUACCCUCAUCGGAAGUUGAAGGGGUCUCCUUUGUGUUCUGGGGAGACGGAGCACACCCAGGAUCAGGCCAGCCAGGCAGCCACUACCUCUAACCCUGAUGAGUCUGCCGACCCAGACCUUUACACCUGCAGACCUGCUUAUACCCCGAAACUCAUCAAAGCAAAGUCCACCAAGUGUUUUGACAAGAAGUUGAAGACCCUGGAAGAGCUCUGUGACACUGAGUAUUUCACCCAGACCCUGGCUCAGCUCAGCCACAUAGAGCACAUGUUCAGAGGAGACCUAUGCUACCUCCUGACCAGCCAGAUUGACAGAGCACUUCUAAAACAACAGCAUAUAACAAACUUCCUCUUUGAAGAUUUUGUGGAGGUCGAUGAGAGGGUGGCAGAGAAACAAGAGAGCGCACCCCCUAGGCCCGUUCCCGGCAGGCCGCCUUCUAGGUCUCUGGAAGAAUGUCCGAUUCCUCAAGUGUUAAUUAGCGUUGGUUCCUACAAGUCCAGUGUGGAGUCUGUGCCGAUCAAGAUGGAGCAGGAACUCGGAGAUGAGUACAGGGAAGCGGAGGUGACAGAAGUGAGCAGUUUUGACCCCCAGGAAAACUUGGACUUCCUGGAUAUGGAUAUGAAAGGGAGCAUCAGCAGUGGCGAAAGCAUCGAGGUUCUGGGCACGGAGAAGUCCACCGCUGUGCUGCCUAAGUCUGACAGCCAGGCCAGCCUCACGGUGCCAUUGAGCCCCCAGGUGGUCCGGAGCAAAGCAGUCAGCCACAGGACCAUCAGCGAGGACAGUAUUGAAGUCCUCAGCACCUGCCCCUCGGAAGCCCUCAUCCCUGAUGAUUUUAAGGCCAGCUACCCAAGUGCCAUUAACGAAGAAGAAUCAUAUGCAGAUGAUAGUGAGGGAGCCAUCCACUUCCAGGCAAGCGUCAGCCCGCCGGAGCUGGGUGAAGCAGAGGAGGGCAGCCUAGAAAAUCCCCUGUCACAAAUAGACUCCUCCUGCUGCAUUGGGAAGGAGAGUGACAGUCUGCGGGUGCCCCUCUCCACUCCAGCCCACACCCCCUCGGAGCAGGACGGAGUAGUGAGCAUCCCUCCGCAGCGCUGUAGGCAGAAGGACCAGGGGUUCCGUGUGGACUUUGCCGUGGAAAAUACCAGCCCUUCCCGAGACAACAGUUCCGAAGGCUUCCCUGCCGAUGAGCUGGAUCAAAACCGCCUGCUGGCGAGCCGGGAUGCCAGUAAGACCAGCCUGGACAACUGCUCAGACACUACCAGCAACAUGAGCAGUGUAGCCUCCACCAGCUCGGACAGGACUCCCUCUUCUGCUCACCCCACCGGCCCCUCUUCCGAGAGGCAUAAAAAGAGGGCUGGCCAGAACGCCUUAAAAUUCAUCCGUCAGUACCCCUUUGCCCACCCGGCCAUCUACUCCUUGCUCAGCGGGAGGACACUUGUCGUCCUAGGGGAGGAUGAGGCCAUAGUGAGGAAGCUGGUGACAGCGCUGUCCAUCUUUGUCCCCAGCCACAGCCGUUUCGCCAAGCCGGUGAAGCACUGGGUCUCCUCUCCUUUGCAUAUCAUGGAUUUUCAGAAGUGGAAGCUUAUCGGCCUGCAGAGAGUGGCGUCCCCCGCCGGCGCCGGCACCCUCCACGCCCUGAGCCGCUACAGCCGCUACACCAGCGUCCUGGACCUGGACAACAAAGCCCUCCGCUGCCCCCUCUACAGAGGCACCCUGGUGCCCCGGCUGGCCGACCACCGCACUCAGAUCAAGCGGGGCAGCACCUACUAUCUGCACGUCCAGAGCAUGCUCACCCAGCUCUGCUCCAAGGCCUUCCUCUACGCCUUCUGCCACCACCUGCACCUGCCCGCCCACGACAAGGAGACCGAGGAAGUGGUUGCCAGCCGCCAGGCGAGCUUCCUGAAGCUGAACCUGGGCCUGGUGAAUGAAGAUGUGAAGGUGGUCCAGUACCUGGCCGAGCUGCUGAAGCUGCACUACACGCAGGAGGCUCCCGGGACCAGCCACCCCACACUCAGGUUCGACUACGUCCCCAGCUUCUUGUACAAGAUCUGAGGUCCCGCCCCAG